AUGGGAAGUGCGCGAGCCAGUUCAGGAGCGCAAAGCACCAACCUUUGUCAAUUCAUUUGGCAGUAUUGGCCCUUGCUGCUGGGCAACGUCCUGGAGUGGUAUGAUUUCGGGAUCUACAGCUUCCUCGCGCCGGACAUCGAGAAGGUGUUCUUCCACUCCUCCUCGAUCUCCACGUGGGCUGGGUACACCGUCACCUUCUUGCUGAGACCUUUCGGCGGUUUCCUCAAUGGCUGGCUCGCUGACAAGUAUGGCAGGCGGACGGCUGUGUUGAUCUCCAUUCUUGGAAUGCUUUUGGCCACCUUCGGCCAGGGAGUGCUGCCAACCUACCUUUGCUGCGGCGAUGGCUGGGGCACUUUGGGCUUGGUGUUCCUCCUGUUGCUGCGUGCCUUACAGGGGCUCAGUGCAGGUGGUGAACUUGGGCCAAUCGUCGCAUACAUUGGAGAGAGUGCGCCGCCCAACCGGGCCAGAGCAGCUUGCGGGCUCUUAUUGGCCUCUGCAGGGCUGGGUUUCUUGCUGGCCAACCUCCUGGUGACCGUGGUGGUUCGCUCCUUAACUCCUCAGGCUGUCGUGGUGGGCUUCAGUGCGACGGGUGCGCUGGCCGUUUGCUACUAUUCGGCCCUGUGGUGUCAUGGCUGUCGUGGGCGGUGGUGUCCAUCGUAUUUGAAAUCGCAGGGCAUGGAUCAAACGCUGGCUCUUUUGGCUUCCUGUGCCUUCACCGGCACCGUCAUGAUCAGCUGGGUGGUAUGGCCUGUGCUGAACGAUCUCUUUUGUAGUUUUGAUCCCUUGAUCAUCAUGCUGGCCGGAGGGGCAAUCUUGUCCGUUUGCAGCUUCCCGUUGUUCCUGCUGAUCAGCAGCAGCGUGAGCUUCGACGCACUACCAAUCGUUUGGUUGGCGGCCUUUGGUUUGCUGGUGGGCUUUGCUGGAUCUCACGCCUAUAUCUUCUGUGCGGACCUCUUUCCCGUGCAGCUGCGUGCGCUGGGCUUUGGCAUGUCCUGCAACUUGGCCUUCGCCGUGUUGGGAGGCACCGCACCGCUCAUCGACGCCGCCAUCCUGGAUGCCACCCACUGGGCACCGGGCGUGGGGUUGUAUUGGGCGCUAAUGAGCCUCAUGACGACCCUCGUGAUGGCGAUCAGUGUUCUCUGGCGACGAUCUGGCCAUUUGCCGAGCCAUCUCCUGCAAAAGGUGCAGUGCGAACCCAAUUGGAUGCACUUUGUUUUACAUGGAAGUGGACAAGUUGCUGUUUGUAAAGAAGAAUGCAAUCUUUUGGUUCACUUUCUGAUGCCCGGUCAGUCGCUGCCAGGGCGAUACAGAGACCAACUGUGA